AAUCCCACUGAUGCCCCUCAUUCUGUUGACUUUUUACAUAUCAGACCCAAUUAUAUUGCAAAUUUCAGGAGUCACAAAGACCAGAGGCCCGGCCAUGGCCGACGUACUGUAAAUCUGUAAUUCUCAUCCCGAAGUUUCGGCGUUUCGGAGCCGACACCAGGACCGAGAAAUGGCGGUGUCCGUACACACCAGUAUAUGGGACAAUAUCCUAGAGCACACCAACGUGGCACAGGAAAAGGGUAGUGAUCCUCUGCUUUGGGCCGUACAGUUGUUGUCGAGUUUGAGUUCGGCGGGAGUGUCGCUGCCCUCGGUGGAGGUCGCAAACCUUCUGGUUUCGCAUAUCUGUUGGGGAAACAAUGUUCCAAUUGCCUGGAAGUUUCUGGAGAAGGCUUUGAUGAUAAAGAUCGUGCCUCCCAUGCCCGUUCUAGCUCUGCUUUCUACCAGGGUCAUUCCAAGUCGGCAUUCUCGUCCAACAGCAUAUAGGCUUUAUUUGGAACUCAUUAAGAGACAUGCCUUCACACUUAAAUCUCUAAUUGAUGGCCCAAAUUAUCAAAAAGACAUGAAAUUCAUAGACAGUGUUCUUCAUCUUUCCUUGGCAUUUGGUCUGCAAGCUAGCGAACCGGGGAUUCUUGUGGUUGAAUUUAUUUUUUCGAUGGUACUGAUGUUGCUUGACGCAUCAUUAGAUGACGAAGGAUUGAUUGAACUAACCCCAGAAAAGAAGUCUAAAUGGGCUAAUGACAUGGAAAUAGACAGUCAUGAUGAUUAUGAUGAGAAGAGGACUGACCUUCAUGAAAGAUUGCAGAAAAUAAAUACAGUCAUGGCCAUUGAUUUAAUUGGGCAAUUUUUGCAAAAUAAAGCAACUUCUAAGAUUUUAUACUUGGCGCGCCGAAACAUGCCCACACAUUGGGUUGUUUUCCUCCAGCGGAUACAGCUGCUUGGAGCAAAUUCAUCUGCAUUGAGAAAUUCAAAAGUUAUAACUCCGGAGGCUCUUCUGCACUUGACAUCAGACACUUGCAUAGUCUUGUCUCGGAAAUGUAAAUCAAGUUCCCUGCAAAAGUUCCAUGCAGUUAUGGCUUUUGGAUCUCUGGCUUCUUCUGCUGGUCUCUGCCAUGGGGCUAGUCGCUCUGCUCUUUGGCUUCCUCUCGAUCUAGUAUUAGAAGAUGCCAUGGAUGGAUCGCUAGUUUCUGCAACAAGUGCUAUUGAAACUAUUACAGGUUUGAUAAAGGUUCUUCAAGCAAUUAAUGGCACCACCUGGCAUGACACCUUUUUGGGUCUUUGGAUUGCAGCUCUUCGUCUUGUUCAAAGGGAAAGGGAUCCCAUUGAGGGUCCUAUGCCUCGCCUUGAUACUCGCUUGUGCUUGUUACUCUCUAUCACGACUCUUGUGGUUGCUGAUCUUAUUGAGGAGGAGGAAAGUGCACCAAGUGAUGAGACAGAAUGCCACCCCACAAAUCACUGGAAAGAAAAGCAUGUUCCAGGGAAGUGUCGCAAGGAUUUAGUUUCCAGCUUACAGAUGCUGGGUGACUAUGAGGGCUUGCUGACUCCACCCCAAUCUGUUAUUUCUGCGGCCAACCAAGCUGCUGCAAAAGCGAUGAUGCUUGUUUCAGGCAUCAAUGUUGGGAGUGCAUACUUUGAAUUCAUCAGCAUGAAAGAUAUGCCAAUCAACUGUUCUGGAAACAUGCGCCAUCUAAUAGUUGAGGCUUGCAUUGCCAGAAAUCUGUUGGACACAUCAGCAUAUUUCUGGCCAGGCUAUGUGAAUGGACGCAUCAACCAAAUACCUCAUAGCAUUCCUCCUCAAGUGCUUGGUUGGUCAUCAUUUAUGAAGGGGGCCCCACUUUCUCCAGUAAUGAUAAAUGCUUUGGUUUCAACUCCAGCUUCAAGUUUAGCAGAGCUCGAGAAAGUAUUUGAGAUUGCAGUCAGAGGAUCAGAUGAUGAGAAGAUAUCUGCUGCUACUAUCCUUUGUGGAGCCUCUUUGAUUCGGGGCUGGAAUAUACAGUCUGCAUGCUUGCAGGAACACAUUGUUCAUUUCAUUACUAGAUUACUUUCUCCACCAGUUCCAGCAGAUUAUUCUGGGAGUGACAGCCAUUUGAUAGCUUAUGCUCCAAUGCUGAACAUACUUCUUGUUGGAAUAGCUUCUGUUGAUUGUGUCCAGAUUUUCUCAUUACAUGGCUUGGUCCCUCAUCUAGCUGGUUCAUUGAUGCCAAUCUGUGAAGUUUUUGGGUCAUGUGUGCCCAAUGUCUCAUGGACACUCACAACAGGGGAAGAAAUCAAUGCCCAUGCUAUCUUUUCAAAUGCAUUUACUCUUCUUCUAAAGCUAUGGAGGUUUAAUCAUCCACCUCUCGAACAUGGUGUGGGGGAUGUACCCCCAGUUGGAUCCCAACUAACUCCUGAAUACCUCCUAUUAGUUCGAAACUCCCACCUAGUAUCUUCUGGAACUAUCCACAAUCGAAAUAAAACAAGAUUCUCAGGUGUUGCAAGUUCAUCAUCUGAACAACCCAUAUUUUUGGACUCAUUUCCAAAACUAAAAGUCUGGUAUCGACAGCAUCAAGCAUGUAUAGCUUCAACCCUCUCAGGUCUUGUUCAUGGAACACCUGUUCAUCAGAUUGUUGAUGGGCUUCUCAACAUGAUGUUCAGAAAAAUUAAUAGAGGGAGUCAGUCAUUGUCUUCUGUAACUUCUGGAAGUAGUAGUUCAUCUGGACCUGGAAGUGACGAUCCUUUAAGACCUAAAUUACCUGCAUGGGAUAUCCUGGAAGUUGUACCUUUUGUGGUUGAUGCUGCUUUAACAGCCUGUGCCCAUGGAAGGCUGUCUCCUCGUGAACUGGCUACAGGGCUUAAAGAUUUAGCUGAUUUUCUUCCUGCAUCUUUAGCAACCAUUAUAAGUUACUUCUCGGCUGAAGUAACACGAGGUGUCUGGAAUCCAGUUUUUAUGAAUGGAACAGAUUGGCCAAGCCCUGCUGCAAAUCUGUCUAAUGUUGAGGAACAGAUCAGGAAAAUCCUAGCUGCCACUGGUGUUGAUGUCCCAAGCCUUGCUGCAGGAGGAAACUCUCCAGCUACCCUGCCACUGCCCUUGGCUGCUUUUGCUAGCCUCACCAUAACCUAUAAGAUUGACAGAGCCUCACAGCGCUUUCUGAAUCUGGCUGGCCCAGCCCUGGAGGCACUUGCUGCAGAUUGCCCAUGGCCUUGUAUGCCAAUUGUAGCUUCCCUAUGGACCCAAAAGGCAAAGCGCUGGAGUGACUUCCUCGUCUUUUCUGCUUCUCGUACAGUCUUUCUCCACAACAGCGAUGCAGUGGUACAGCUUCUCAAAAGCUGCUUCACUGCCACACUUGGCCUGAAAACCACUCCUAUAUCAAGCAAUGGUGGUGUGGGAGCCCUUCUUGGCCAUGGAUUUGGAUCUCAUUUUUGUGGUGGGAUUUCUCCAGUUGCCCCAGGGAUUCUAUAUCUACGUGCCUACCGGUCUAUCAGAGAUGUAGUCUUCAUGGCAGAAGAGAUUGUCUCCCUCUUGAUGCAUUUUGUGAGAGAAAUAGCAAGUAGUCAGCUUUCUGGAGAGAGAUCAGAGAAGCUGAAGAAGGCUAAGAAUGAAAUGAAAUAUGGCCAAAUUUCACUUGGAGCAGCACUGGCAAGAGUGAAGCUCAUUGCUUCACUUGCAGCUUCUUUAGUAUGGCUCUCUGGUGGCUUGGGUCUGGUUCAGUCAUUGAUAAAAGAAACUCUGCCAUCUUGGUUUAUAUCCGUCCACAGGUCUGAACAAGAAGAAGGGUCAGGAGGAAUGGUUGCAAUGCUUGGGGGGUAUGCACUUGCAUACUUCACAGUGCUUUGUGGAGCUUUUGUGUGGGGUGUGGACUCAUCAUCGUCAGCAUCAAAGCGACGUCCAAAAAUCCUUGGGAGCCAUAUGGAAUUCCUUGCGAGUGCCCUUGAUGGGAACAUAUCACUGGGUUGUGAUUGUGCCACUUGGCGUGCAUAUGUGUCAGGGUUUGUAAGCCUGAUGGUUGGUUGCACUCCAACCUGGGUCCUGGAGGUUGACGUCAAUGUAUUGAAGAGACUAAGCAAGGGGCUAAGGCAGUGGAAUGAAGAAGAGCUUGCUCUGGCUUUGCUGGGGAUUGGUGGGGUUGGUACAAUGGCUGCAGCCGCUGAACUGAUAAUUGAAACUGAGAUAUAAUUCUUUUUCAAUAUAUGAUGGUAAUUGUGCUCCAUAGAAUAUAGUAGUGUUCACUGCCUCUUGUCCAGGAAAAUUUGUGCAUAAAUAAACUUCAUUUUGUGAUGAAGGUUCUGAAUUUUGUUUUAGUGGAAAAUUUUCAAGGAAUUGUAGUAGCAACUUCUCUGUUAAAGAAAAAAGGGAAGGUUCAGGUGAUGUACUAACAUGGAACUUGGAACCAUGACCUUGAAGUGGCUGAUCUUCAAUGAAGUGGAUAUGCUGGUGAACUCGGACAAGCACUGGAGUUAUGAAAGUUGAGUACUGCUGUUAAGAAAUAGUAGUUAGAUGUGUUGAUAAUAACUUGCUAACUUGCAUUAAGUUUGUUGAACCUGUCAAUAGAUGUGUUGUUCUCUAUUGGAGGUGUUAGUAGUUUGUCUGAGGAUUGGUUAGUAAUCAGCUCUAUGUAAGAUAUUUGAUGUAUAAAUUACUCGUAGGAAUGAAAGUUCAUUUCACAGAAAAUUCUUUCUUGUUUCUUUAGAUUCUAGAAAUGGCAUCAGGGCCAAACUCUCCUCUGAAUCAAAGUUCUUUUGUUUUUGCCAGGGCAGCUUCUUCAUCCUUCUCCAAAUUGAAAUUGGACAAAAACAGUUUUGUUAUUUGGCAUAAACAAGUUCUUGCGACUCUUUGCAGGUUUUGACACCUUUUUUGGUAAGAAAUCACCUCCACUGAAGUUCUUGGAGCUUGGAGAUGAAGCAAUUGACAAGAUCGAUCCGAAGUUCUUGGAUUGGGAACAAGUCUCCGGAUUCAACUAUUACCUUAGUGAUCGGGUUGUUGUUUAACUAUUUCUUCUUAGGCUUUAUCUUUCUUUUGUUGUCUUGUUUUGGGCCUUCUUUGUAUACCGUCUGUGUACAUAGGGAGCGCCCCCUGUUUUUUGGUGUGUUUUUAUUCUAAUGGUCCACUUUGUCUAUCAAAAAAA